GAGUGCAUCCGGUUAACGAUCUGCUCUUGGUGUGUUUUACGCCCGACGCCGACGUCUACUUCGGAGUGCUCGACGGCUCGACUGGCGACCACCAGGCGGUCAGGUUCUCCCCGGACCGUCGCACGAUCCCCGCCGGCAUCGAUCGGGCCCAGACCUACCGGUUUAGGCGAGAGCCCACGCCGGCCAAGCUGGCUACGUUCAUGGACCAGGCGCGGCAGGCCGCCGACGACCUCUUCGUCCAGCAGGCUGCCGCAGCGGGGCUUCAAGCGAUGGCUCCGCCUGGACGGGCCUUGAUCCCUUUCGUUGCCCUCGUGGUCCCGGCAGCGGGUGUGGGAGCUCUCGUUCAGGCGGGUGCCGCUCCUGUCGUUGCCAUUGGGCCAGGGCCGGUGGCAGCCAACUGGGUGAUUGUGGAGUCCAUAACCUUCGGACCGCGAAGGAAGUCCGUGAUCAUGACAGCCGCGGACACUGUGCAGGGGAGCGUGAGCAUCUUCACCACUCCUGCUGGGGUCCCCGUCCUGGUCAGGGAUCUUCAAGGCAACUCGCUGGACGAGUACGUCCCCAUGGAGAGUUUCCACGACCUGCGUUUCAGCAAGGCGCAGCUGGUCGAAUACGUGCACCACAUGGACUUCCUCUCCUCGCGCGCCACCGGAAAGGGCAAGGGAAAGAACCCGACCUUUUCGCUGCAGCACGCCGUGUUCGACGAG